AAAUGUGCGCAGAAAGAUGCGCAGUUGUCGUUUCUUCAAUCAAUGAUGGAGGCGAAUGUUUUGAUGAAGUAAAGGGACUAGACUAUGAUCGCUUUGUGGCAAAAAUAUAGAUACAGCAUUAACCAAUGUUGUGUUAUUUGCAAUAACAUAACUGAGGCAAAUUUAAUGAAAUGAAAAAGGAUAGGGCUUGUUAGCUAGCAUCACUUUCCGCGGGGGCCUGGCUAACAUUAGCGUUGAGAUAGCUCUUUAUUUUAAACCUGAGCUGUUUUACAUUAAACUACAGCUCAACCUGCUUAUUUAAUUACCUGCUAUAUUGAUAAACGAGUAUCCUACCUUUAAUUGAAGUAAUCUCGUCAGAAAGUGAGUACGGCUUCUUAAUAUCAAAUCAAGGGGAAGUAGUAAUCCAUGUCCACGAGUCACUGCAGAUCAGUAAUCUAUAACAACAUUAUAAAAACAUUAUAACAACAUUAUAAAAACAUGGCUUUAGUCGCAUAUGGCAGCAGUGAUGACAGUGAUUCAGAGGAAACCUCUGAGCGCAAAGGUGGGCUCUUCUCUGUCCUGCCUGCUCCUAAAAAGACAAGCUCUGUGAGAGGAAACUAUGGACAAAGCAGAGAGACGAAAGCGAAGUCCUCUGUGGAGGAGAAAACUUCAAACGAUGACCUAGAACCUCAGCCAUCUAGAGGAGGGUUAUUCACCAGUCUGCCUAAGCCGAGGAAGCGAACAGAGCCCGUCAAGAUCACUGUACCACAGAUCCAGAGACGGGACUCGGACUCAGAUGAUGAUGAACCUGCAAAGAAAAAACUUCAACCCCAGGGUGGAGGUUCAGGCCUGUCCUCACUGCUACCACAACCUAAAAACCUGACGGUGAAGGAGACCGAUAGACUCCUGAUUCCUCACACACUCACCAAGCGGCAAGAACCCAAAGUAACCAAGCCUGGAAUGCCGGCCCAGGGUGGGCUUGGCUCUAGUGCGUCCCCCUCCGCAAUCAAAGCUGCAGCGAAGUCAGCCGCUCUGCAGCUGGCUCGACAAAUAGCCACGGACGAGCAGGAUAAUGAGGAGGACAUAACCCCACAGAACUACUUUUCUCUGGGAGAGAGCACCCCGGUCAUCCCUGCAGUUGCCCCGAGCUUAGACCCUGAGCCACGAGAGCCCGAAGAACCUCUUCCUUGUGCUCCUGACGAUGAACCCGGUCAGUCAGAUGCUCCUCUCGACUUUGGUGGGAGUCACGAGGGUUCAUGGGGGGCUCAGUAUCCUGAGUAUCAACAGCCCAUGGCAGGCCCAGAAGCUUUCCCUCAGGGUUAUUAUAAUGAGCCAUACUACCAAGGCCCUAACCCUGAGCUGACAGAAGCUGAAGAGCCCGGCCAGUCUGCCCUGUUUGAUGAUGAAGCGUUCAUGCGGCUGCAAGGGAAGAGGAACAGAGGUAAAGAGGAGGUGAAGUUUCUAGAGAUCAAAGGAGACGACCAGCUGAGUGGAAACCAGCAGUGGAUGACCAAGAGUGUGUCGGAGGAGAAGCAGAACCGGCAGUCCUUCAGCAAGAAAAAAGGAGAACAGCCUACAGGACAACAGAGACGCAAGCAUCAGAUUACAUAUCUCAUUCACCAGGCAAAGGAGCGUGAGUUGGAACUGAAGAAUAACUGGGCGGAUAACAAGCUAACCCGCCGGCAGACACAGGCAAAAUACGGUUUCUAAAUGUCAUACUGUGGACUCUUACAGACAUGAAACUCCACUCCGAACUUAGAGUAGAGCUGUCCAGAUUUCCCAGAACAACCGGACAACGUGUUUAGAGAGAAACUAUAUGAACCCUCAUUCAGAUUUUUUCCCCCUCCCCUCCCUCUUACACUCCCCUCCUGUAUUUGUGUUCAAAUGUUCUUUUGGUCAGCUGUUUUAUAAGGUGUUAUACUUCCUCUUACAUGUAGGUGCUGUACCUACAUUACAAUGUCAUGCUGUGUUUUUAAGGUACCUCUGGCCAGGGAAUAUAUCAUGUGACCCUGAAGUGGCCAAUAUAAACGCUCUCCUUUGAAUGCGUAUGCUUUCUUUUCAUACAGCAGACUUUGAUGUAUGAACCCUCUUUUUUUGUGUUAAAUGACUCAACAAAAACAUGUUUGGUUCUUCAGCAAUCGUAAUAAACCCUGAAUCAACAACUUCAAAAUAAAGAGAAUAUUUCAGGUUUUACAUGUCUGUUUUUGUGAAAGAUGUUUCAACUUUUAAUUGUUUUUCUUUUUCUCCAGAUUUUUAACGUCAGAAUUUCAGCUGCCGAGUUAAAAGUUCAAUUAAUGAAUUGCAAGGGAACCAAACAUGUAUUUCCUGUGUUUGAGAGUCUGAUAGUUCUGAAGCUACCAUCUAAUUUUUAACAUCAGUUUUAACCUGAUUGCAUCCAUUACACAUCUUAAAAGUCCUGUUGUUUUUUCUGGAGUCCCAAUUCUGAUUUUUUUUAAUCACCUUUCAUAUUGGUUCAAAUGGUGAAAUCCUGCAAAACGUCUGACUUUUAGAGACUUUCAGAACAAUGCUUUCUCUUAUAAGGCUGUAGAUAUUAAUCUUGUUUUAACUUUUUCUUUAUAAAAGAAAAUUAGCCUUUUAAAUAAAUGGCUGUUAUUUAAGCACUGACACUUCAUCUUCCACUCUCUUCAUGUAGGAAAUAGAACAUCAAUGUGUACUCAUGAGCCAGGUUGCCUAUUUGUCAAAUAUGUCAUCAUUACACAUGAGCUAACAGAGGGCUCUAAUAGUAACAUAACAGGCUACAUGUGGA